UGCAAAUAUGUAAGCUUGCUUAGUAGUGCAAAUUUACCUAUUAUUCUCGUCAGUAGUAUACAAAUAAGACUCAUUUUGGAUAAAGAUCACGUAAAAUGAGAUAGAAGUAGAUGGCAAUGAGGAAAGGCUAGGCUAUGCUGCUAUUUCAAAAUCCUAAUUUAAACUUUAAUGAAUCCGAUAUUGUGAAUUUGACAAUGAAAUGUCAAAGUUGGUACUUUUAAUUCUUUCUUUUCCCAAGAGAUUAACAAAUUUAUAAAAAAUAGUAUCGUGAAAUACAAUCAUUCAUGCACUAUGGAAUCAGAUCCUGCUCUACCAAAGUCUACAGCAAUUCAUAAUUCCAAUGAGUAUAUUUCUCAAGAUGAACCGGUGCCACCAAGAAGUAAAAGCUCAUAUGGGGAUUUUAUACAGUCAAGUAAUUCUGUAGCAUUACAAUACAUAAAUUCUACUCGUGAUGAUGGAUUAAAGUUAGCCUACGAAAGAAAUGGUAACGAAGUUCGUUUUAAUGAUGAUUUACACACCGUUGAUGAGAAAGGUAAUAAACUCCAAAAAGUUUGGAAUACUUCUAACACUGAGUCAUCCACUCGACAAACUAGCUCCUCCCCUAAUCAGAGAACAGCGACAAGUCCUUUCGAUUCGGUAGUCAGCGUUGCGGAAGAUCAAGAACGCCGAAGAAGAAAUACGUUAGCUAGUGCUAGGUUUCGUCAAAGAAGAAAGGCUAAAGAGAAUUACCUCGAACAGAAAGUUGAGGAAUACGAAAAGAAAAUCAAGCAAUUGGAGAAAAGAAUCUAUGAAUUGGAACUUGAAACAAAAUGGUUCAAAGAUUUAAUUCGUCCUGUUCGCACUCCAGGCAUGACUAGCGUAAAUAAAAACUUGACGACACCCAAAUUCUAAAUUUGAUAUCCCCCUCGCGUAACCCACCUUUUCUUCAUGAACUGUUUAAUCUAUGUUGGACUUUAAGUUUUAUUACGAAUCUUAUGAUUCAUUUUCUUUUAUAUGAUUUUUAUGCUAAUGUCUCAUGGUUUCGAUGUAUUCAUAUAUUGCUAAUCAGCCCUGGUUUUCCUAGUUGCAUUUAUUUUAAAGUGUCAACUCUUUUUAUUUACAUAUGACUGGAUUUAUGCUAUCUUGGAAGAUGGUCAUGUUGUUGCUCAGAUAGGAGAGACUUUUAAAGUUUCUUGUUAUAUAAUAAAUAUGAGAUAAAAACAUAGGUUUCACAAAUUGUAUAAUAUUCAC